AUGGGUGGCGGACAGGCUCGCGGCGUCCGAAGCGGACGCUCGUUCGGCAGCUUCACGGUGGUGGUGGAAGGUCACUCAGAUCGUUGGUACCGCAGCGAGUUCAAGGUCUCAGCUGAGAUCCUGUGCGCGUGGUCAGAGGUCUUUCGGAAGAUCAUGGGCUACGAGUUCGAGGAGCAGUCAACAGGACCAGUUGUCAUUCAUGAUUUCUCACCGCAGGGAGUGGAGGCGUUCUUGCGUUUUCUGUAUUCCGGAACCUUGAAUGCAGAACUGGAAACUCUGGCAGAAGUGAUGAUCAUCGCAGAGAAAUACCAGGUAGUAGAGCUCUCGAUGCACUGUCUUGAUCUCCUGAAGAAGGAGUUGAAUGCGGAGACUGCGACUGCAUGGGAGAUCUUAAAGGCGGCGGAGCAUUUUCAACUGGAAGACCUACGGGAGGUGGCUUUGUGGAAGCGACCUUUUGUGACUGAAGAUCUCUUGGACCAAGUGCUCAGUUCCGAUUUGAUGUGCAUUCCGGAUGAGGUCUUGUUCGACCUUUUUCUGGCCUGGGAGGAAGGUGAAGGUUGCUUGAGCAGGCGUGAAUUGAUUGAGAAGUAUGUUUGCUUGCAACGGGUUCCGAGCGAGAAGAUCAAAGCCUUUGUGUUGAACCCGGAGUUCAACAUCCUCAAGACGAGGAAGCCAAACAAAAUACCGGAUACUUUGCAUAUUGUAGAUCUGGCAGGCCAUUUGGGACUGCAGCCUGUUUACAGCCUGGGCGCUGGGUUAGGGGAGUGGAUGGAGUGGAAGUUGCCGUCCCACUUUGCUUUGAAGCUGUUGGGAUUUCGAUUUGCAGAUGGCAUUGCACUGGAGAACGUGGACUUUAGCUUGUGGUGUGGUGACGACAACCAAGGGAUCAAUCAUGGAAAGCACCAGCAGGUCUUUUCAUUCAACGAGUUCGGUAGCAUCGAAGCUGGCCAAUCGAUACGAUGCAGAUGUGACUUUCUGGUAAGGGUAUCAGAUUUGAAGGCUUUCUUCAAGACCUUGGCGAUGGCCAAAGGAUCAUCCGUUCGUUGGCUCCAGCGGUGCGUGCCAGCCUCGCCCGCGCGGGGGGUUGGCCGCGUCGCGCGGCAACGCCGCGCCGCGCCGAGCAGCCGGGUUGCCAUGGUGCAGGACGAGACGAAGAAAGAUUGGGUAGCAGAUCGGCUCGCGGCGUCCUUCGGACGCUCGUUCGGCCGCUUUACCGUGGUGGUGGAAGAUCGCUCCGAUCGCUGGCACAGCGAGUUCAAGGCGGUCUCAGCUGAGAUCCUGUGCGCGUGGUCAGAGGUCUUUCAGAAGAUGAUGGGCUAUGAGUUUGAGGAGCAGUCAAAAGGACAAGUUGUCAUCCGAGAUUUCUCACCGCAGGGAGUGGAGGCGUUUUUGCGUUUCCUUUAUUCCGGAACCUUGAAUGCCGAACUGGAAACUCUGGCAGAAGUGGCUAUCAUCGCCGACAAGUACCAAGUACUCGACCUUGCGAUGCACUGUCUUGAUCUCUUGAAGAAGGAGUUGAAUGCAGAAACUGCUUGGGAGAUCUUGAAGGCUGCGGAGCAAUUUGAACUAGGAGACCUACGCGAGGCGGCCAUGCAUACAAUCCUCAUCAGCCCCAAGGUGGCUUUGUGGAAGCGACCUUUUGUGAGUGAAGAUCUCUUGGACCAAGUGCUCAGUUCCGAUUUGAUGUGCAUUCCGGAUGAGGUCUUGUUCGACCUUUUUCUGGGCUGGGAGGAAGGUGAAGGUUGCUUGAGCAGGCGUGAGUUGAUUGAGAAGUAUGUUUGCUUGCAAAGCGUUCCGAGCGAGAAGAUCAAAGCCUUUGUGUUGAACCCGAAGUUCAACAUCCUCAAGGCACGAAAACCCCGGAAAAUACCGGUCACGGAGCACACGGUCGACCUAGAAGGCCGCUUGGCAUUGCAGCCAUAUUGCAGCUCAAGCACUGGAACAGGAGAGUGGAUGGAGUGGAAGUUGCCGUCCCACUUUGCUUUGAAGUUGUUGGGAUUUCGAGUGACAGAUCAACUAGAGAACUUGGACUUCUGCUUGUGGUGUGGCAACCACAACCAAGGGAUCAAACAUGGAAAGCACCAGCAGGUCUUUUCAUCCCAAGCCUUUGGUAGCAUCCAAGCCGGCCAAUUGAUCCAAUGCCGAUGUGACUUUUUGGUGAGGUGCAUCAGGGGAGAAGUGAACUCACCCUCAGCUGGACUCCUUGCCUCUGAGAUCCGAUUCGAAGGUCUUCUUCAAGACUUUACCGCAGAAGCUCAGAGGGAGGCCAUCCCAAGCUCAUCGUGGUGGCAUGGCGAGGGGCUGGCUCGAACCAGUAUGGAUGGACGGGAUGAACAAUCCCAGGUGGGCAGCAUGGCUAAGCUCGCUGUCACUCGCUUACAUCACCACAGCAGAACAGGGCCCCUCACCGCCUGCGGCGGGCAUCCAGGAGAUAGCCUUCGUUCCUCACCGCCUGGUGCGGAGGCCCCCAUGCAGCCACGAGCCGCUUCGGCGCUGCUCGCGCAAAGGCACCUGGCACAUUUUAGCUGGAUGCCCGAAGAGGACCUGGUACUGCAGCAGCGGAUGAUGUGGUAUCCUCGCUUAGAUCUGACGAUCUUCGAAGCCUUGGGGGAGCAGCUGACCUUCGUCCCGGGCGAUACGCAUGAUGCCAGGUUCAAGCUGCAGGUUUGUCGCCCCUCACGGCGCAGCUGUCGCACAGCAAUGGAUGCCGUCGCUGGCACCAAGUCGCCAGCGCUUCAGCGAGUGGUGGAAGAGCUGUGCCAGAUCUUCCAGAUGGAGCUCCAUCGCUGCUGGGUCAACUUGUACCGCGCGGGCACCGACGACCAUGCAGCCUUCCACCGCGACCACUUCGACGGCCGCAGCGGCGGCGCGCAGGUCACUUUGGGCGUCUUUGCCUCCUUCGGCGACCGGCGAGACCUUUGCUGGUCCUUCGGUGGCCGCGCGACCGCGUGGCGUCUGCCGCUGCGGAAUGGCGACGUGGUGGCCUUCGAUCGAACGGCCAACGCGGCGGGGCUGCACAGCAUCGAGAAGAAGCUCGAUGCCGCGGAGGAUCGCAUUUCCGUGAGCCUCUGGGGCACCGGCCGCAUCCCGGGACACGCGCCGUGUCCGCCGUUCGCGCCGCCCGCGCGGCGGUGGAGGGCCAAAGAAGCGCCUCCGCCGCGGCGCUGGACGCGGCGGGAGACGGUCCUCACCACCAAGCGCGACAUCCACACCCUGGGCGACAGCACCCCGCCCAGCGUCGUCUCGGUCUCGCCUGUGCAUUUGCAGAGCGGCGUGGUGAGCAAGCCCACCUUUCAGAUCGUCUUUGACGAGGAUAUCCAGGCGUUGAAAGAAAAACCUCCUGGGGAGGAGGGCGAACUGAGAGGGACACUGACUGAUGGAUGUUGGGAGAUCCACUAA